AUGGCUUCUUUGAUUUUCCUUGGAAGGGUGAGGGGUGUACGAUCCAUUUUCUCUUGUAAGGAAACGUUUUUGGCCCCAGUGCGCAUCGCUGCAUCAGGAAGAAGGUGUAUGAGCCAAGAAAAGCCAAUUAGCCGGUUUCCCGUUCCCAUUAGAGAUACAUUACCACAAGAUAUUCGGCAAAGAAUGAGUGAAGUGGAAGAGAAGGUACCACAGAUCGAAUGACUAUGAUGAUGAUACUUAUUAAUUAGCUUAUAUUGCGAAGAUAUCAAUCAAGAAAUUUUCUUUCAAACUCUAAACGAUGACUAGCUCUUAAUUAAAUGACAACUACUUGAUGACGCUAUUAUUAUUCUGUCAACAAUAAUUAGGGUUACCAGGUGAACAAUCGUACUUUAUACAAAUCCCAUUUAAACUCAAUAAUUAAUAAUAAAAAUAAUAAAAUAUCAGCCAGGGAAUGCCUUUUGAAACAAAUAUGUUUUAAGAGUCUUUUGGAAGCUGUUUACAAAGGAUAUAUUUCUAAUAAAAAGGGGGGAAAUUUAGGGGAAGCCAUAUUAAAAAGAUCGACACUUAGCCUAAUAAUCAACUUGCAUGUUGGAAUGCUAAGAAGUCCCGGGGGCGGGGGAGGGGGUACUCUGGAUUUCAAGUGACGGGGAAGAUCGAAUGGGGGCAAAAACCAAAACCCCAAAAUAUCCGUAAGCCUUCAAACAAAACCCAAGAAAAUCCCUGCACCAAAAAUUAACUCCAAAAAAAUCCCAUGCCGCAUUUCCGAACAUGAAAAAUUUUCAGAAAGCAUUAAGUGAUAUAACACGAAAUUUAAAAACAUUAGAAAUCAAGUGUUUGUGUUUGUUUAUUCAUCAUGCCAUCUAAAGUUAUUAUGAUUAUUCAUAUUGUUUUGAAUGUCCCCCAAAAAUCCCUACUUAAAUCAAGCCACCCAAAAAGAUACUUGCAAAAUUUUCCCACCCAAAAAAAUCCUUUGAUCAUCCCCGUCACUUGAAAUCUGGAGUACCCCCCCUUUUCCCCUGGGUAAGAAGUGUACCAUUAUUUUAUCUCAGGAGUUAUCUGCUUUGGCAGAUAACACCCUCCUUGACCUCCAUAUUUCUUCAGGUCAUUCUCAGCCUUAUCCAAUAAUUGCUAAUUUCUGACCAAGCUUGAGGUUAAUUCGGUUGAUUAUUGGCCCAGUUCUUUUUUUCGCAGUCCCAAUGUUGAGGUCAAUAUAAACACAAAAAAGGAACAAGACAAAUAUCCAACCAUUUUGGUCAAUAAAGAAUUAAUAUUACCAAAAUUUUCUAUUAUAAAGCCAAAAGAAAGUUUUUCUCUUGCAGUAAUAAAGCAGGCAAUUUCAAGUGGGCAAGGCAGGCCCAUCUUGUCUUGUUGGAUAGCCAAUCAGACCAUAAAUCAAUAUAGAAAUUGCUUAAUCUUACCCACUAGUAGAAACAGCUAUGUUGUUAGGCUUCCUAGAAGAACUUUAAAACCUGAUGACAUGACGUGACAAACAGCAGUAUUUAGCUGAGAAAGAACUGAGCCCCAAAUCUUAAAUGGUCAUGAAAAAAUCAAGCAGUGUCCUCCCCUUGCCCUACCUCCAAUUGUUUUGAUCUGCAAAGCAUUUACAGUGUGACUACAAGAACCGAGGCCUCCCAGAAAAAAAUAGAGACAAAAUUUUGAAAUUAGCCAAUCACAAGUCAAGAUCAAAACAAUGAAAUUGCACAUAAUUUGGUACUCAGAGCCAGUUCAAAAUACGUAGCAAACCAUUUUUCUAAAGGAUAUACAAUAACACAAUACACAUAGGAAUCAUGACGUUUGUGUAAAUCAGGCUGGAAAAUGUUUUGUCAAAAUCUGGGUUGGCUGGAAUCAAAGCCAGCAGUAAAGAAAUUUUGAACAAUCUGAACUAGUAAUGGCAAUGACACUCCAAAGAUCUUUUUAUUGGAAGUGGACCUCAUAGGAAACAUGUUUACUUGAGCAAAAUUCAAAGGUCAUGCUUUGUGAUUGGUGGAUUUCGAUCCCAUUUGUUUCUGUGUUUGGGGCCGUCACCGUGACUAGGUUUGCUUCUUGUCACUUGCAAGAAUAAAGCAAUGUCUGCCUUGUUCCCAAGACAAAAAUUUCACUAACCAUGGCAAUUUCCUUCGCUAUUCUUAAGCAGUCUAGAGUCAUUCUCAGUUUUGUUUUCGCCGUCCAAGCUGGGCGGGUGCAUAAACUAUGUAUUGUACCCGAGCCCAUACCUUUUCAAGUCACAGGCAUUGUGAUUCACUCCCAGGGGCCCCACUCACAUAUUUUAGUGACGGGGGGGUCCGAAGGAUUUUUUUGGGUCUGACAUUUUGGCCAAAAGGGAUUUUUUUGGGUCUUUGAAAGACGCCGGGAUUUUUUUGGGUCGCGAAAACAACACAGGGAUUUUUUUGGUUAUUGUAUUUUUCAUCAGCUCAAAUCAAAAGUAACAUAAGCGCAAUUUAUAGUUUUGUUUUUGACCAAAACCAAAGUUGAAGUUGGCAUGUUUUAGCUUUCCAGAAGAUAAAUAAUAAAAUUUGCUGAUGCAAAAACACUGAGGGUUUUUUUUGGGUAUGCUAAAAAAAGUAGGGAUUUUUUUUGGUAGACAAAUACUGAAGUUGGGAUUUUUUUGGGUAUAAAAUAUGAACCUCUGUCGGACCCCCCCGUCAUUAAAAUAUGUGAGUGGGGCCCCUGGGGAUUCACUCCCGGAAACUGUGCCAUGAAAGGGAAUGAGCGGCUGUUGCAGGUUGCUCCAAUUUUUUUUACCACUGCCUUUGCUUUCGGCAAACCCAGACAUUGUCAUUGUCAUUGGCUGAUUUCAAAAUUUGUCUCAAAAUUUUUUUUGGGUGGCCUUGGUUUGUGUAAUUACUGACACAACAUGCCUGCUCUCUUUCUUCAAGGGUGGCUUUUUACCGAAUGUCUUCAAAGUACUAGCCCAUCGACCAGAUGAAUUCCGAGCAUUCUUCAUGUACUAUGAUGCCUUGAUGUUAAAAGAAGGUAACCUAACCAAGGCCGAGAAAGAAAUGAUCGUGGUAGCAACAAGUGCUGCUAAUAACUGCACAUAUUGUGUUAUUGCCCAUGGUGCACUAUUGAGGAUCUACUCUAAGAACCCCUUGCUAGGUGAUCAGGUAAAUUUCUGUUAAUAUUUCUAUUACAUUUAAAUGAUUAAUAGCCCAUGAACAGGUUCCCAAGGGGGACAGAGCAAAAAAGAAAAUUGGUGAGCGAAGCAAGCCAAGUGUGGUGUGGGGGAGAAAAAUGGUGGGGGAGCCGGUAGACUUUGUGUUGAUGCUGACCAUCCAUGAUACUAGAUUCUGGUAUCAUGAUCUGAUUGGUCAGAUCACUAACUGUUGACAAGUGAGUAAUAAAUAUAAUUGACAAAACACCCAAUGCUUCACUUGCCGAUUUCAUUUUCCGCCCUGCUCCACUUGGGAGCCCGUUCACAGGCUAAUCAAUAAAUAAUCAGAAAGGAACUAUCCCUCCUACCAAUAAGGCACAUUGACAUCAUUUACAAAUAAUUUUUUGCUUUUUCAGAUUGAGUGACCCACACAAGCACUCAUGCAUGUGUGGGUCAAUUAGUUGUGUUUGUCUGACCCUUUUUCUUUAAGAGACUUGAGUGACAAAUAGUCUUUUCUUCAUAUUUGCUUUUGCUGUUCAGUCCUGUAUUUUAGUAAGCUCUCUAUUUUUACAUGGCAAGUGAUAGCUCCUCACUUUUGUGGGCCACUCACCCAUGACUUCACAUAAUAUGCCCUUAAUUAUGGAGAGCUUGUUCACAGGCUAUCCUAUUGUGUUGGUUUAAUGCACUUGAACUCUUACUUAAGUUUAAACCAGCAGAUGUGUACUGUGUUUGUCACUGAUUUUAUGUCUGUUCAGAACAAAGGUGUUUUUUAUAAUCAGGAAUUGUAAUUCUUUUUUGUAUGCUUCCAAAAGUGCUUUAAAAAGAAUCCUCAACAUGUGAAAAAUUUGUUUUGGUAAUACAGUGAAAGCUAGAAAGUGGACAAUCUUAAUGUUACAUGUAAUUAUAACUGAAAUGAACUUGUUAUUCACUUACAAUAUUCCAUUGUUUUUGCCAUUUCCCAAAUUAGUGGCCAUUAAUUUGCUUGUGUUUUUUAAUCCAUUUCUCUUAACUUGGUUUCCACUGUUUUCUCUAUCAUCAUAGUUUAUUACUUUAAUACUAUUCAGAAUUUAUAAUCAUUUUAGGUUGCAGCUAACUGGCACUGUGCAGAUCUAACAGAGAGAGAGAAAGCCAUCAUUGAGUUUGCCAUGCAGGUGUCCAGGUCAGAAACAAUAAAAGAUGAGCACAUUAAAGCUUUAGAAACGCAUGGCCUGAAUAGUGAAGAUGCCUGGGAUAUUGGUGCCAUUGCUGGACUGUUUGCAUUGUCUAACAGAAUGGCCCAUUUGACCAACAUGCGACCAAACGAUGAGUUCUAUUUGUUGGGCAGAAUCAAGAAAGAUAAAAAGGAGUGAGGUUCUUAUCUGUUUAGCUGUAAACAGAGAAUUAACUAAGAAGUGAUAUUUUUUUAAAAAACAAGGCAUAAUGCAAUGAACUUCAAGAGUUCUAGCAAAAGAAACAUUUUAAACCUAUUUUAUAUGACGCUGUUCUGUAGCUGCUUCUUGCAUAAAGUACAGUUAAACUCAAGUUUCAAGUUUAUUAAGAAAAAUUGAGAAAUUGACAAAACUGACAUAGAAUAAACUGAAGUCUCACUUAAUUUAAUUGACCAGACUAAGGAGGGAAACAAAGUUAUUGAAGACUUUAAAUUGCAGUUUUCCACUCCAAGAAAUAACAAGAAAGUUGCGUUAUAUGAAUAACUAAAUCAAAUGAAGCAUUGAAACAAGAAUCACUCGUGUGUGAAAGAAGCAGUGAGCCGUGGCCCGGCAUGCUGCAUGCAAGAAUAUGGCUGUUCCGUACAUGCACUAAAGCCAAAGUUAUAGAGCAUCAAACACGAAGGGGCGAGACCUUGAAAAAUGGGUGCGAGCCUCCUUAAACCCGCACUCAGUUUCAGAGACGACCAAUUAAAAAUCAGUACCUUAUUUUAAUGCGGCCGAGAACCAAAAAAUCAGACCUGGCAUACAUUACGUUAUAAAUUAAAACAUUGUCAAUAUUCUAUGAAGACAAAAAAUUUUGUUUCAGUGAAAGGCAAAGAGAAC